UUCGGUGCAAAUUUAAAUGCCCUUGACAACAAAGGAAACUCAGCUGUUUUUUACGCGGUUAAGCGCCGCGCUGAAGCAAUCGCCGAGAAACUUGUUCAAGCUGGGGUCAGCAUAGAGGGCAAAGAUGAAGAAGGACGAACAGUUUUAAAUUUCGCCUUUGAACAUAGUCAUGAAAAACUGAUUCGUCUCCUGUUGAAGUAUGUCGACAGUAACGGAACCUCUGCCGUUUUUUACGCUAUCAAGAACCGCGAACUCGCAAUUGCAGAGAAUAUGAUUAAAGAAGGAGCCAACGCGGAAGGAAAGGAUAAAGAAGGACGAACAGUUUUACAUCUUGCUGCAGAAGAUGGCAAUGAAAUUCUGGUUGAUCUGCUGUUAAAAAAUAACGCUGAUGUAAAGCAAGUAGACAGUAAAAGAAACUCUGUCCUACAUUCUGCUGUGAGUGGAGGUAAUGUUGCCAUCGCUGAGAAACUCAUUAAAGCUGGAGCCAGCGUAGAGGGCAUAAAUAGCGAAGGACAAACAGUGUUACAUUGUGCUGCAAAAUAUGGCAAUGAGAUUCUGGUUGAUCUGCUCUUAAAAAAUAACGCUGAUGUAAAGAAAAUAGACAGUAAAGGAAACUCUGUCCUACAUUCCGCUGUCGGUGGAGGCAAUGUCGCCAUCGCUGAGAAACUCAUUAAAGCUGGAGCCAGCGUAGAGGGCAUAAAUAACGAAGGACAAACAGUGUUACAUCUUGCUGCAAAAUAUGGCAAUGAAAUACUGGCUGAUCUGCUCUUAAAAAAUAACGCUGAUGUAAAGCAAAUAGACAGUAAAAGAAACUCUAUCCUACAUUCCGCUGUCAAUGGAGGCAAUGUCGCCAUCGCUGAGAAACUCAUUAAAGCUGGACUCAGUGUAAAAGCAAAAAAUGACAAAGGACAAACAGUUUUGCAUCUUGCUGUACAACGUGAUGAUGAAAGAAUGCUUGACUUUUUAUUAAAGUAUAACGUAAAUGUGAACAAUCUAGACUAUAGAGGCAAAUCUGCUUUAUACUUCGCUCUAAAGAAGAGUUUUGAGACAGCUAACCAUAAGUUAGCUUUCAUGCUUGCAAAAGCAGGAGCGAAAGCACCUUUAAUAAAGGAGGAGAAAGGAAGGACAUUGUUACACAUUGCUGUGUGGGAAAAUAAAAUCGACGUUCUCAAAAUUCUAGUCAAAUGUGGCGUCUUUUUAAGUGAUUGCGAUGAUGAAGGUGAAACAUCAUUGCACCUCGCUGUGAGUUUAGGGUAUGCUGAUGCUGCUAGAAUCCUUGUUGAGGCAGGGGCUGAUGUCAACAUUAGGAAUAAGAAAAAUCUCACACCAUUGCACCUUGCUGUAAUGCUAAGUCAGGAUGAGGUUAUUAAAUUACUUCUUGAACACGAAGCAAAUCCCACCUUUGAAGAUCAUCGUGGGCGAACAGCAUUAAGAUGUGCCGUUAAUUUGCAUCGAAAGCAUGAUAUUAUCCAGAGGAUAGAAGAAGGAAUUGAACGUCUUUCGCUCAAAGAUAAAUUAGCUACCAUUGGUCCGAGCGGAGGUGUAAUCCAGUUAGAUGAAGUCACUCUUGAAAUACCAGCUGGUUCUCUAACUGAGGACACAAAGAUAACUCUAGCUAAAAAAGACCCGCGAGAUUUCAUCCCAAACUCGUUGCAAAGAUUACGUUUGCCUGUUGCGAGGCAACGUGCUGUCGAACUUCUUCCCCGCGGCUUGAAAUUCCUAAAACCAGCAGUUCUUUUAAUCAGAUCAAAAUGGACUGUUUUCAAUUCUAAGCAUUUUAUUCUUCAUGGCUCUUACAAUGACAAUCAGCAAAAGAUGGUGUGGAACGUGAUGACCCAUGAUAUCAACAGCGAUGAAGACAAGGAAGUUUUAAUUGCAAAAAUAAACGGCUUCUCUGUCGUCUCUGAUAUUUUUUUAACGAUACGUGGAAUGUUCGCUCGAAUCCAAUGUCAUUACAACUACUCGUUCGUUUGUCGUGCCUAUGUCUUGUAUCGCAGACAACGGUCAAUGGCAGCUAUAGAUAUUGCUGUUGUCCUAAUCAGCGAGUUUGUUGACGUCAAUGACGAAGAAGAUAUUAAACAGUUGAAGGAUCAUUUUGACGAAGGAUACCUCAUAGGGGAGAAAGGAAGUUUGACGCGUGUUAACACUGACCGCCGUCUUCAAAUAUGUAUAAAUUUCCUUGGAGUCGAGAGCAACCAAGAUUCAUUCAAGAUUAAUCAAAUCUUACUGGAUUCUGAUGGUUAUGUUUAUGCGAUCAACAAUAUUUCAGGAGUUGCAUUAGCUGGUCCAGUAGAUGGAAAUGUUGAGAUAAGAGAAGAAAUCGAAGAUGUGUUGUUAUGGAAAUUGACUGUAAGAGAGGAGGAAACUCAUGUUCAAAGCUCAGAAACGGAACGAAUACCUGAAGAGGGUCCAGUAGAUGGAAAUGUUGAGAUAAGAGAAGAGAUCGAAGAUGUGUUGUUAUCGAAAUUGAAUGUAAGAGAGGAGGAAACUCAUGUUGUAUAUCAAACGACGAAGCUCACGAACGCUGAAAUAAGUCGGAUAAGCUGCAGACUUGGAUUGGAAUGGGACAGUCUAGCUGGACUCCUGGAUAUUCCGUACUAUGAGCGCGAGAAUAUCAGAUUCAAUUACCUAGAUUUUUUCUCAAAAGCCGAGAAAGUUCUCCUGAUCUUUAUUAAUAGCCAGUUCUUUGAUCGUCAUAUUUUGGAGAAGUGCUUCAAUGAAUUAAAGCGACAAGAUUUGAUAGAUAUAAUGCUUCCAAUGGAGAACGAGAUUCAAACGGAAGCCGUAGAAACCGGAUCGUCAGAAACUCAAGACUCCGAGAACAAACAACUAGAUAAGACACGUCUUUCUUCACGAGAGUCAUACAGAAUUAGUCGAUGCAUUGUUGAGGACUGGAUGAGGCUUGCUGGUCUUUUAGACAUAGCCACAGAAGACAGGAUUAUCAUUCGUAGUGAAAAUAAAUACAAUGACGUCUGCAGUCAAGCUGAGAAAAUGUUAUCGAUUUUCAAUCGUAGCAAAGAUUUCUCACGCGAAAAACUAGCUUGCUGCUUGGAGGAAAUUGGUCUGCUUUAUUUGAUGGAACCAAUUUUAACCGGGAAGUGGAGAAGCUUAUAAUGGUUAUGUGAUUAUCGUUGAGAUUCCUAAAUGGGUUGUUGAUGUUUAUAUAUUUACAUUCCACAAGAUAGUUUUUCUACACCGUGAAAUGUAUUAAUUACUUGAAGUGUUGCCAAAGAUGGUGGAACUGAAUGAGCUAUUUGGCUGCGCGAGUUACGAGACUGAAGAUAUCGUUUCUUUCUUGCUUAAUUUAGUUGAAAUACAAGUAACCGAAUACAAGAGAUUAGUAUUCAACAUUUUUAUUGAAAUUCCCCUCAUUUUAUUUUUAGUUUUAAUGUUUAGCAUGAUAAUUUAGGUUUUAUUUCAGAAAUAGUUUAAUACAUGAUUCUUAUAAAUAGAAUGUCAGUUCGCGAGCAUUAGGUUAAUGUAUCUAUACAUUGGUGAUCAAAAGUCUGAGUCCAGUCGAUAAUUUUUCUUAUAUUACGGUAAUUUACUAUAAAUGAUAUCUUGUGAGUUGGAGAUAAAAACGAGUCCCCUUACGAAAACAGUCCAUGGACGGUCAUUAAUCAAUGGUGGAAUAGAAUUGAAUCAGUGAUGCUAACAAAACUGGUUCACUCUAUCCAACAAAAGUCAAACUGUUUUGAAACGUAAAAGAGGUCAUACAGAAUAUUAGAACAGUGGCGAUUUGUGUUAUAUCCUGCUGGUUCAACUCUAUUCUACCAUUUAUUAAGGACAGUCCACUGAUUUUCCUUCUAUUUUCUUUCCAUUUUCCUUUGCAGGAGUAACCCUUAGUCUCGCAGAUUUUCAUUAAAUUGAAUACGAACUUGACUCACAAAACGUUUCCAACUUUUCAUUCGACACAUAUAACCUCAUCUCAAUAUCUCUCAAUUUUUUGAAACAUCUCAUCAUUGUUGGCCCUCUCUUUGCCAUCUUUGGUCCAGAGAAAGACUAAUACGCAUCUCUUAUUCAACUCAAAUACCAUGAGAAUUAAGGAGAAAUCUAUGCAUGGGAGGCAUUGCUAUCUUAAAAUGCGCAAGUUCAGAUCAAAAUAUCCA